AUGGGAUCGCUGCGGGGCGCGGCAGCCCCCUCCCCGGCGCCGCGCGCGGGCGACCUGGUGACCACGCAGGUUAGCCUGGGCGGAUUUGACGCCACCGUCAAGGCGCUCGAUCUCGCCAACUUUCUCGAGCUGAAGGCGGGCUUGGUCUGGCGCUGCCGCGUCAAGACCUCCUGGACCCCGCCGGACGCCUAUCCCGACUUCCUUCUCCCCACCGUCACCUCCGCCGCCGCGCAGACGCCACAGUACGAUCGCGUGCCUCCGCACGCCUUCGUCCACUUCGCGCGCCCGGAGGGCGCGCGCGCCGCCGCCGACGCAGCUGGCCGGUCCGAGCUCAUCCUCUCCGGGAAACCCCUGCGCGCCGUCUCCGCGCAGGAGAGCUCCCUUCGGGCCUCCCGCCGCCGCAGUGUCUCGCCAUUCCGCUUCCCUGGCUCGCGCCUCGAGGUCGGGGAUCUCCCGGCCAAGGACGCCUUCCUCGCCACCUGGCGCGGCCCGGCCUCUGGGCUCGACUUCUCCGUCGAUCCGUUCGACGGGUCUUGCGGCCUCAUCUUCGCCCGCGACACCGCAUUCAAAGUCCGGGAGUUCCGCGAGUCUGUGGUCAUGCGCUGCGACGUCAAGCUCGAGUUCCCCGUCCGCGACGUCGCCGAAGUCAGGGUGUUCCAGCUCGACUGCUCGCUGCUGAUCCGGCUGUCGGCGGCACCGCUGGUUUAUUACCGCACGGCGGAUGACGACAUCCACGAGUCCGUGCCGUUCGACCUGCUCGACGACGAUGACCCGUGGAUACGGACCACGGACAUCACUCCCAGUGGCGCGAUUGGGCGGUGCGGCGCGUAUAGAAUCACAUUCUCGCCGCGGUUCUGGCCAAAGAUGGAACGCGCGCUGGCGUACAUGAGGGAUAGGAGGGUGCCGAUAGUUGAUUGCGGUGGUGGGUGGGGGGCCAGGAGGGGCCUCACCGUGCGUGAUGAGCCUGAGUUUGGGGAGCCUAUGCAGGACCUGUUCUUCUGCGUGCAGCACGCCGAGGGUCUAAAGUUUCCGGUGUUGUUCCUCGUGAAUGCUCUGGUGCACAAGGGAGUAAUAAAUCAACACCACCUCACGCCUGAAUUCUUAGGUUUGCUCCAGAGGAAGGAGGAUGAUGUGAAUGUGGCUGCUUUGAGGGAAUUUUGGGGGGACAAAUUUCCAGUUUUUGAUGCAUGUGGCAGGCUGAAGAAUCUGCAAGAUAGGGUUGCCAGGUACCCCAAACUUCUUCGCAACAAGAUUGGGGAUGACAAUUUAGAGGUGAGGAGGCUGGUAGUCACGCCCACCAAGGCUUAUUGCCUGCCACCAGAAGUGGAGCGCUCUAAUCGUGUCAUCCGGCAUUAUUGUGAAGUCACAGACAGGUUUCUCAGGGUUACUUUUAUGGAUGAGGGUAUGCAGCAACUGAACAGUAAUGUGCUGAAUUUCUCUGCUGCGCAAAUUGUCAAAGAUUUGAUGUCAAACUCGUUCCUGCAUAAGACAACAGUGUACAAGCGUAUUAAAACAUUUUUGACAGAGGGAUUCCACAUGUGUGGCAGGAAGUACUCAUUUCUUGCAUUCUCAUCAAACCAGCUGAGGGACAGGUCAGCUUGGUUCUUCGCAGAGGACAGAAUGAGAACAGUGGAAACCAUUAGGAAAUGGAUGGGGCGGUUCACAAGUAAGAAUGUAGCAAAGCACGCUGCUCGGAUGGGGCAGUGCUUCUCAUCUACAUAUGCUACAGUGGUGAUGCAGCCGCAUGAGGUCAAUGAGUGUCUCGAGGAAGUUGAACGCAAUGGGUACAUUUUCUCUGAUGGAAUUGGCAAGAUUACGUGCGACCUUGCACUUGAAGUUGCUCAGAAGCUGCAAUUGACAGAUAAUCCCCCAUCCGCUUACCAGAUUAGGUAUGCAGGCUUCAAGGGUGUUAUAGCUGUCUGGGAAGGAGAAAAUGAUGGGAUACGACUUUCCCUGAGGCCGAGCAUGCACAAGUUUGAGUCUAACCAUACUGUGUUAGAGGUGGUUUCAUGGACAAAGUUUCAGCCAGGAUUCUUAAAUCGUCAGAUUAUUACAUUACUGUCCUCCUUGAAUGUCCCGGAUGCUAUCUUUUCUCAAAUGCAGGAAGCCAUGUUAUCUAAUCUCAAUAAUAUUUUGUCGGACACUGAUGUUGCUUUUGACAUUGUAACCACCUCUUGUGCUCAGCAAGGAAACACUGCAGCACUGAUGUUGAGUGCUGGCAUUUCACCUGGAACUGAGCCACACCUGAAAGCAAUGCUGUUAGCUAUAAGGUCCUCACAGCUACUGGGUCUUCUGGAGAAGACAAGGAUUUUUGUGCCCAAGGGGAGGUGGUUGAUGGGCUGCCUUGAUGAACUUGGGAUCCUUGAGCAAGGACAGUGCUUUAUCCGGGCGUCAUCUCCAUCACUCAAUAAUUGUCUGGUAAAGCACGGACCAAGAUUUUCCUCAGCAAACAAAAAUGCAGAGACCAUUGUGGGUACUAUCGUAAUGGCAAAGAAUCCAUGCCUUCAUCCAGGGGAUGUCCGGAUCCUUGAAGCUGUUGAUGUGCCUGAACUGCAUCACCUUGUUGAUUGCUUGGUCUUCCCCAAGAAAGGUGAGAGGCCACAUGCCAAUGAAGCAUCUGGGAGUGAUCUUGAUGGGGAUCUCUACUUUGUGACAUGGGAUGAAAACCUUAUACCACCUGGCAAAAAGAGUUGGAACCCUAUGGACUACUCCCCAACUGAAGCAAAACAACUACCGCGCGCAGUAUCCCCACAUGUAAGCUCAACUAUUCUUGGCAUUUAG